CUGCAACUACAACGAUCGUUUUACCCCUGCUCUUCAAAGAAUAAGGGGUCUGAAGAGAGAGAGAGAGAGUAAAAAAGUCACGUUUUCAAGAAAGCAAGAAGCAAGAUUGCGAUGUAGGUGGGCGCCAGUUGGAGAUAUAGAUCGAGAGAAGGGUGUUGAGGGGAGAGAGUUCGAUCCCUGAAAUCUGCGAGCAAGAAGAAGUAAGCACCGCAAAUUCUUGAAGGAAAUAGUCGCUCUUUUGGCAUGGGUGUAAUGGAAAGUUUCAGCGCCGAAGAUCUGUCGACCAUCGGAGGAAUUGCCACGGUUUCGCUGCUGCAUUCCUUCAUUCCCACCCAUUGGCUCCCUUUCUCCAUUGUCGGUCGCGCACAGAAGUGGACCCUUUCCCGCACUCUCCUCGUUACUGCAUUUGGAGCAGUUUUGCAUGUAGUGUCCACGUCACUUCUUGGCAUAACAGCGAUCACCAUGGCGAAUACUAUUGCUGGUGAAGAAACAGUGCAUAAACUAGCUUCACUUUUGCUUGUAGUUCUUGGUGGUAGUUAUGUCUUGCUGUUUGUGACUGGAAAGGGCGGUCACAGUCAUUCUCAUAACCAACCCAUGGAGAAAAUGGCUGUUGCUGGGCUUGUCCUUGUUCCUGCAUUGUCACCCUGUGCAACCACACUUCCGGUAUUCCUUGCUGUUGGAAAUUCGUCUUCCAUGAUGGUGCUUGCUAUCAUUGUGCUCUUAUUCAGCACCAUAACUGUGAUGACAUCACUGGUGGCUCUAUCAUUCUAUGGUGCCAGUCAACUCAAGUUUCAUUGGGUGGAGCGGUACGACAAGCUUCUUGUGGGUUCUGUAUUGUGUUUGGUAGGAAUUUUGACUCUUCUUUUCCAUGAUCAUGAUCAUGAUCAUCAUCAUGGUGGAGUUGGAGGCUCUGGAGAGCAGCAAUUGCAUAGAAAACUAGUUGUUCUAUGAUCAUUUUCCUGGCAAAAGUUGAAAAGUGGAAAAUGUUUUGAUGUGGAUCUCCAGUAGAACCGGAUGGAAACUGAUGCAUGUGACAUAUUUCUGUAUUGUAAUUGUUCUGUUCUGAUUCAUACCAUAAUCCUUGUGUGUGUGGGUGGGUAAUUUUGUUUUUUGUUUUUUUGUAUAUGGUAAUUGUCUUCACUUUUUUCUGAAAGCCUAUUUUGGGUGUGUCCA